AGCUCUGCACGCACACGCGCUUCGCGAGGAGUCUGCGCAGUCGUCGACGAGAAACGUUUUGCCCCGCAAUUUCUACGCCUUACAGAACGCUAAGUUGCGGGCAAGUGCUGCCUGGCGGUAUGGGAAACAAGGUCGUCACUUUCACGGACGAGCAACUCGAGGAUUACCAGGACUGCACCUACUUUACAAGAAAAGAAAUUCUCAGGAUCCAGAAGCGCUUCCGAGAGCUGGACACCCAGCGGGUUCCCAUUGUCAUGACCGGGAACGAGGCUCACACCAUCGUCGUGCCCAUGGAGAAGAUCGAGAAGAUGUCCGAACUGAAGGAAAACCCGUUCAAGGAGCGUAUCUGCAAGGUGUUCUCGCACGACGGCAGCGGCAACAUGACCUUCGAUGAUUUUCUGGACAUGCUGUCCGUGUUCAGCGAACCGUCACCGCGCGAUGUCAAGGUCUUUUACGCAUUCCGCAUCUACGAUUACGACGAGGAUCAGAUGCUGGGCCCCGGAGACAUCGAGAAGGCUACGAUAGCGUUGACGCGCUCUGAACUGACACCCGACGAGGUGCAGAUCGUGGUCGAGAAGGUGCUCGAGGAGGCCGACAUGGACGACGACGGAAAGAUUUCCUUCACCGAAUUCGAACAUGUCAUCACCCGUGCACCCGAUUUUAUCAGCGCCUUUCACAUCAGAAUAUGAACGUCAUCGGGCGGUACAGCACGAAGACGCAGAUCUUCGCGAUUCCCCUUGCUUAGCCAAUAGAAGAACAUCAGCGAGAGAAGACAAACCACCUGAAAAGUCC